UCACCAGCGUUCCGGUCGCAUGCACCAACAUGUCACUCGCUCGAAUUUUUCACGGUUGUUGGUUUUCUGUGCGCUCGGCUGUCAAGCCUUGCUUCGGCAGGAUGUUAGGUUAGUGACGUUCUGGACGAACAGAUAGAUGUGACCACGGGAAGAGUUGAUUUCAUUUCUAGACCGUGGGUGAGCCUGACCGACCCGUUCAGAAAAGACGACUUGCAUCUUUUUUUUCCUCCACAGCUGAAUAAAUGGACUUGUAUGGGAAGAUGGCUGCCACACAGGACGGUAAAUUUGGGCAGAAAGAGGGGUCGGACCAGAACUUCGACUACAUGUUCAAACUGCUGAUCAUCGGUAACAGCAGCGUGGGGAAGACCUCCUUCCUGUUCCGCUACGCGGACGACUCCUUCACCUCGGCCUUCGUGAGCACGGUGGGCAUCGACUUCAAGGUCAAGACCGUCUACAAGAACGAGAAGAGGAUCAAGCUGCAGAUCUGGGACACGGCUGGUCAGGAGCGCUACAGGACCAUCACCACAGCGUACUACCGCGGCGCCAUGGGCUUCAUCCUCAUGUAUGACAUCACCAACGAGGAGUCCUUCGGGGCGGUCCAGGACUGGUCGACCCAGAUCAAGACGUACUCCUGGGACAAUGCGCAGGUGAUCCUGGCCGGGAAUAAGUGUGACAUGGAGGAGGAGAGAGUGGUGUCUGUGGACAAUGGCCGGCUUUUGGCAGAGCAGCUGGGGUUCGAGUUCUUCGAGACGAGUGCCAAAGACAACGUCAACGUGAAGCAGACCUUCGAGCGACUGGUGGACAUCAUCUGCGACAAGAUGUCGGAGAGUUUAGAGACUGACCCCGCCGUCACCACGGGAACCCCAAACGCCAGACUAACCGACAACCCGCCCCCACUACAGCAGCCCAACUGUGGCUGUUAGUGGGACAACCCCCCCGCCCCCCCACCACCACCACCCGCCCCGCCCCAGACGGUGCCACCCUGAUGUGUGCCAAUGCCAAGAUAGUCCAUUUCCUAGGUAUAGUCUUACAGAAUUUAAUUCAUUACUAUUAUCUGCAUAUCUUACCUUCGCAAAUAAAACAUCCAGAGGUAUCAUUGCCUGGUACAGCUUUCUGCAGGUCUGUUUAUCUUUCGGUUUUAAUGUAGCAUUGUGGGACAGAACGAGCCUUUUCGGUACAUCCUGUACGUAGCCUGCCGCGCCCCUUAGGAGUCUGCAUCGCAGCCGAAUUUCACCGCUUGGCACCUGCACCGUUUUCGGCAGGUGUGCAGGGAGACAGGAAUAGUGCACGAGUUUGCUUCCCGUUCCCGUCGUCAUUGGGCGACGGCUCAUUAGUGCAGGUGUGCUGUGACUCCGCCCCCUUUGGGUCGUGGUGUGUACGCAGGUGUGGAGGCAUUGGGCUUAAUGUGCAGCUCAAUCUGACGUUGUAGAGGGGGGGCUUCCCGUUCCCUUUAUAAUGCAUGGCCAAACCCCAAGUCAGAAAAUCUACACGGUUUGUCAUCUGGCCAUCAAAAAAAAAAAAAAGAAAAAUCAGGAUACAAGUGCAACGCCGCCCACAAUGUUCUGGGGUACGCCUUGAGCAAAAAGUCCAGAAUGAUUCACACUAGUCCCCACAGGGGGAAAAGCCAGGAUAUUACUUUAGUUAUGAUUCUGCCAUUCCAUGCUAUUCAGUUUAUCCACAACGUGCUUUCUCCUGAAUUUAAGGAAAUGGUGCUUCUUCACGUCUUGCACAAAACCAGAGUUCUGUGGUGAAAGAUUAAUAAAAAAUAAAAAAAAUAAUGGGAAAAACAAUUUUCUUAAAUUAAUUUUUACCAAUUUAAGGAUGGCCUGCAUUUGUGGCUUGAUUGAACAGCCCUCUCACAGCCGACUAUGGGGAGUCUUUUGAUGCGUUUAAAGUGUUCCAUGGGUUGCACAUGCAUACUCAGGGCUCACAGAGUGUAGUUGUACAAAAGGCAGAUUGACUAACUGGGUGAUAAAACAUCUAAAUUUAUUCAACACCAACAUGGCUGUUUGGCUGUUUCUGGAAAUUUUGUUACAAUUGCCAAUCACAUAAUAGCUGUUAAAGUUUAUCAUAAGUUGGAAGAACAUCAAGGGUAUUCUCUGAUAUUAUCAGGUUAGUUUGUGCAAGUUAAAUUUAUUUUUGGAAAUACAUGUGUACUUCAUUGUGAAUUUGCAAGAAUGGCCAAUAGAAAAUAUUCUAAAUGUUGUGUAGAUAUGUUCUGACAAUGAGAUGGCUUUGCACUGGCUGAAUAAUUGGGUUGAAUUGAUCUGUCCUGCUCUAUAUAUAUUGUGUGGGGAAUAUUUUGUGCGUAUGUCCGUUUGCUUUUUCAUCUAGGUGUGCAUAUGUGAGUGUGAGUGAGUGUGUGAGUGUGUGUGUGUGUGUGUGUGUGUAUGUGUGAGAGAGAAUGAGUUGGUGUGUCUGUAUAGGUUUGUGUGAAUGAGUGAGCUUGCAUGUGUGUGAGUGAGUUUGUUUGCUUGGGUGGGAGAGAGAGGAGGAGAGAGCAAGCGUACAUGUGCGUUUGUGUGAGUGAGUGGGAAUGUGUGUGCGUGAGUGAGUUUGUGUGCUUGGGUGGAGGAGAGAGCAAGCGUACAUGUGCGUUUGUGUGAGUGAGUGGGAAUGUGUGUGCGUGAGUGAGUUUGUGUGCUUGGGUGGAGGAGAGAGCAAGCGUACAUGUGCGUUUGUGUGAGUGAGUGGGAAUGUGUGUGCGUGAGUGAGUUUGUGUGCUUGGGUGGAGGAGAGAGCAAGCAUACAUGUGCGUUUGUGUGAGUGAGUGGGCAUGUGUGUAUUGGUGCCACCAUAAUCCAUUUAACUCCAUGUUAAGAAACUACCUUUACAAAAUGUGUGGCCUUGCAAAAUUUCUCACGUUUGUCUCAUUUGUGCUUACCACAUAGUUUAGAACAUAUGGUGUGUGCAUGACUGUACAUAAUACAGAUGUGGGUGAGGGGUGUGCAUUUGCAUUUAGUUUUUAAAAACUGGUGGACUCAGAUCAACUCGUUUGUCAAAUACGUAAUGGAAUCACUGUCAUUUUAAUGCAAAAACAAUACAGACAAGGUGGCUGGCAUUCCAGACGAACACAAAAGCACAAGGAAAGGUCUCAGGCGACCAGAGGUGAGAAAUCCAGGUUCAGAAAGUAAAAGUCCGCCCUGGUGUUUCGUUCCGCUCAUCUGGAUUUGCCAAUGAGUGCAAUUCUUCAGCCAGAAGGUUAGAGCUAAUUGGUCAAAUCAGCAGGCUGAGUUCAUGGGUGCAGGAAACACACGGCGGGACUUCUACUUUCUGACCUUUGGAUUUUCCGCCUCUGCUCACAACUAUUUUUGGAGAAUGAUGGAAGCGUCAAUAUUUUCUCUUCAGCUGAACAUCUACCUUGAAAGGGUUAGGGUCAUCUUUAUAAAACUAAACAAGCCCCUCUCCCAUUCUUUAAACGUAGCCGUUUAGCCGCUAGAUUAGCAGAAUGCAUACCUUAUUUACUUGUGUGCAUGCCACUUUGGAAAUAUUAAGCUCCCUCUGCUAUCCAUUCAUAUUCCAAAUUAUCUAGUCAACUUUCAAAACAUAAGAUUCAAUAGUGCCAAAAAGUGUUUCACUUUAUUAAAAUAAAGGUGUCUUAGGCCUUUAGUCAGGUGACUGUGUGAGUAGAAGUGGGUGUCUUUACUAAAAUAUAGAUGCUGCAUGAAAUGGUGAGUGAUCGGUCUCUUCUACUAUAUCUAGCUACCUAUUUCUAUAUAUCUAUCUUUAUAUCUAUCUAUCUAUCUAUCUAUCUAUCUAUCUUACUUAUUUGUGCACUCUCAGAAGUUGUUUUGAGGUGCAAUGGGCCAAAAAGUGCAAUAUUUUAAGACCUAUUUCUUGUAUAUAAUCAUCUGUCCCUGUGUAUGCCUUUCCUUUCCCGAGUGGCUGCAAUCAGUCGACCCCCCCGAGUACUGUAGUGUGACAAGUGAAAGGCAUUCUGGGUAACACUUUACAUUAAGCUGCAGGUAUACCUGUGCAGUUUAAUUGUUACCCAUGUGGUAAAGAGAGGUUAAUAUUGAGUAACUCCGACAUACUGUAGGUAACAUGGAACAACGGUUGCCAGUAUUUUUAAUUACACAAACGAGGCUGGCUGUGUUACACCUGUCCUGCUACACUGAAGCCAUUACAUUGCAUUACAUUUAUUUGGCAGACGCUUUUAUCCAAAGCGAUGUACAAAAAGUGCAUUUCAUGGUCAUAGACAACUGCUAAGCACAGGUUCAGUAAGGUACAACACUUAUUUUGUACAGCUAUUUCUAGCCAAGAACACAGUUUAGUUCACACAGUGAACACUAUUCAGACCUAGCCAUUCUGUAUCAUGAAGACACAUUGUGAAAUUAACAAGCAAGGUUUAUUUGUUGUGCCAUCGUGAAGAUAUGGCCCAUGAGUGUAAUUAAAAUAUGUAAAAUAUUUCACAAGUGUAAUUAGGAAUGCUGCAAACUGUUGUUCCAUGUUACCUACGUUGGGGUUACUCAAUAACAACCUCUUGUUUUCAAAAUGGUUGCAAUUUAAGUACACAGGUAUAGCUAGCCGCACCUUAAUGUAGUGUUACUGCAUUCUGUGCAUUUCCAAGCUGUGUUUUCCCCCCAGGCAUCCCGUAGUCAGAAAGAAUGAGUGCUUUUAUUCUCCCCACACUGGGCAUGUGGAAGAGAGACUGAAAUGCACAUGACAAAUAGGAAAGCGCCAGAAAUGAAUGAAUGAAAAAUUUCCCCCACUCAUUAUUGCUGUGUACCAGUCAUUCACGUGGAAUAGCCAUAAAACUUGACUGAGUAAAACUAUGUACAUUAGUUUGUCUGUUGCUCAGUGUCUUGUAUAAUAGGCUAGUGUUUGUGUCAGAAUGUAGUUGAAGGGGAAGUCAUGCUGACGAUGGCUGCCAUUUUUUGCAUUUUAUGGUGAUAUUGAAACUAAUGUUUGAAACCUGCAGUGGGGCUUCUCCGUUCUGAUUUUUUGCGCCAGUGACUAAGACUUGGCUAUGGCAUGUUUCUAUACUGUGCUCAACCUCAGAAUUAUUAUUAUUAUUAAUAUUAAUAAUAAUAACAAUAAUAAUAAUAGACUGGCGACCUGUCCAGUGUAUAUUCCUGCCUCUCACCCAUUGCAUGUCGGGUUAGGCCCCCCCCCACCCCCCCCAACACUGACCCUGACCCUGACCAGAAAUAACCAGUUUAGAAAAUGGAUGGAUGGAUAACAGUAUAUUAGCUGCAGUACAUUUACCAUUGGAGUCAAUUCAGCAAAUUAAAUUGAUCAUUUGAAAAAUGCUCAGAACAGAUUUCUCAUUUUUAUAUUAAUUUUUCAUUCAUUAAUUUAAUAGACUCUGACCAUGAGUCUCAUGAUUGGUUUAGCACACAGCAUUUUGGACCGAUCUGCCAUUUACAAGAAAAUACACCGAGCAAUCAUAUAGCUCUGCCUGUGGACUAAGCUCAUUAUGGCAAAAGCACGUUCUUGGCAUAGAGGGAACAUUGUGGUCCACACACACAUGCACCGCUUAAUGAGCACGACUUCAAAUCAAUGAAAUCAAAACAGUUAUAUUGAUGGACUAUACCAUAGAACUGUUAUUGGAAGCCGAAUAAGAUUAUUAUAUUUCUAUCUUUGGGUUGGAUACUUAGGUGAGUUGCAUUUUUCACCUGCACAUUUUCACAUAGAAAUCAAUGAGGAGCGCAACCAAUCACAAAUUACAUUGAUGAGAAUACACAGGACGAACAAUGUGCAACAAUGAUUGGCAAACGGAUAGUCAGAAAGUAUCCACCAAUCAUUGAUGGGAUUGUUUUGUUUCUUCUUAUCAAAGUAAUCUGUGAUUGGUCAAGAUCCUGUCUGGUUUCUGCGAAUAGGUGUGGGGAAAGCAAAGAAAAAUAAUUUACAUGUGUUUGUAUCCAACCAAAAAAUAGAAAAUAAAAGAUAUGCGAUGGUUUCCAAUCUCUUAUGCCUAAAGCAGUCGGUUCUUUUGCUGCCAGGGACCUCAAACCCCCAGGAAAGUGUGACUGGUAGAAUAUGUUACGAGUGUUUACUGAGGAGAGCAAACCGGUAACGGCAGUGAUAGCCGUUAUUUAGAACGACUCCUAUUAGGUCCAUAGAUACUUGCUGUAGUUAAAGUCCAUGUCCUCUUGCCAGCUCAAGGCAGAUUCGCUGUAGUUUAAGUCACAGUUUUCCUUGUCCGUUUUCCUGUGUUCUCUUUAAUGGUUAAUUCUAGGACUGCAAAUGCAUUUCACUGGCCUGAACUUUGCUAGUCGAACACACGUCAUGCAUUAAGCUGCUAACAACUUAGCGUCUGGACCUUUCCUUGGUGUAAUAAUUAUAUUUAAAUAAAUGCCAGCUUGCUUUACCAUAGACACCAGAGAUUAUUGCUUCUCUUAUUAAAAAGAAAAAAAAAAAAAAAAAA